AACGUCGGGGGGCGGGACUUCCUCUCCGGGCCCCGCCGUUUCCGACGUCGUCCGGAAGUCGGGUGCUACUCCGGUUAGUACCGGGCCAUUGGUCCCCUUCCACUGCGCGGGUACCCGCACUUCCUCCGGGGAUCUACGUCGAUCCCCAUCGAAGUGCGCUCCGGGGAUCCCGUCUCCUUCGGCUCGUGUCUCUGCCGAGCUUAUCUGCCCCGCACGGGCCAGCGUGCCGCCCAUGGCUGGCGCCGCCCCGACCACGGCCUUUGGGCAGGCGGUGAUCGGCCCGCCCGGCUCUGGGAAGACCACUUACUGCCUGGGCAUGAGUGAGUUCCUGCGCGCGCUGGGCCGGCGCGUGGCGGUGGUGAACCUGGACCCAGCCAACGAGGGGCUGCCUUACGAGUGCGCCGUGGACGUGGGCGAGCUGGUGGGGCUGGGCGACGUGAUGGAAGCGCUGCGACUGGGGCCCAACGGCGGCCUACUCUACUGCAUGGAGUACCUGGAGGCCAACCUGGACUGGCUGCGUGCCAAGCUAGAUCCCCUCCGCGGCCACUACUUCCUCUUCGACUGCCCGGGCCAGGUGGAGCUCUGCACGCACCACGGAGCCCUGCGCAGCAUCUUCUCUCAGAUGGCGCAGUGGGACCUCAGGCUGACUGCUGUUCACCUGGUGGAUUCUCAUUACUGCACAGACCCGGCCAAGUUCAUCUCCGUACUGUGUACGUCCCUGGCCACCAUGCUGCAUGUGGAGCUGCCCCAUGUCAACCUCCUCUCCAAGAUGGACCUCAUUGAGCACUAUGGGAAGCUGGCUUUCAACCUGGACUACUACACAGAGGUCCUGGACCUCUCCUACCUGCUCGACCACCUGGCUUCUGACCCUUUCUUCCGCCACUAUCGUCAGCUCAAUGAGAAACUCGUGCAGCUCAUUGAAGACUACAGUCUGGUCUCCUUCAUUCCUCUCAACAUUCAGGACAAGGAGAGUAUCCAGCGGGUCCUGCAGGCGGUGGAUAAAGCCAAUGGCUACUGCUUCGGGGUCCAAGAACAGCGAAGCCUAGAGGCCAUGAUGUCUGCUGCCAUGGGAGCCGACUUCCAUUUCUCCUCUACCCUGGGCAUCCAGGAGAAGUACCUGGCACCCUCUGACCAGUCCGUGGAGCAGGAAGCCAUGCAGCUGUAGCAGCAAGCUGGAGGUCAAGAGGCGUAACCCUGCGCCAGAGAACAUGACAGCGGACAGCUCAGCAGACUGCAGAGCCGAGAGCGAUCUUCCCAGCCAGAGCCGAGCACCCACCACCCCUCAGUGGUCAUGAGCUCUCAGUGCUAUUGCCAGGAAUUUGGUGCUGGCCCCACUUGGCCUGUGAUGGAACAUGCUACAAAUACAACGGUUUAUUUUCUACUUUUUGAAACUUUAAACUUUUUCCAACCAUCCAGGCCCAGAGAGCUGAGGCAGGACGAGAGGGAAUGCCACCUUUCCUCAAAGAGUCAUUUCUUUAUACGGGGCAGACUGUGCUAGAGGCCUGACAUGUGGACUCCAGUUGUGCGAUUUUGUUAAUAGUUGGUGAUACUCGAGCUUGAGCUUUCAUAGGCAACGCUUCUGGCAGAUCUGAACGUUUCAUCUUCAUGGUAUUUAUUUUACGGUUGUAUUCCUUUUUGGCAGGUGUUAACUAGUUCUCCAUUUGUAUGAGUGAUUAAAGGUUUACUUUGAAAUUGUAUAUAAAAAGUGAGUUAUUUAAAGAAAAAUAUUAAGUAUAUAACAUGACAUCGUGAGGAGUGUGGCAAAAAUGAACAUGGCUUUGGAGUUGAAACUGGUUUGCUUUUGCUCUUCUUGUAACUGGUUGAGUGCAGUUCAUACUUUUGACCAAUAGGUGGCAUCCCAGGCCUUUUUUUUUUUUUUUUUUUUUUUUUUUUUUUUUGCAGCCACAGCCUGGAGGCAGCAGGGGACAGAUGGUGGUUGUGCCAGAAGUCAUAUUUGCAGACAGUUGGUCCUGUUAACACUCGAGAAGGGCUUGGCAUUUUACAAAGUGCUUCCACACACAUGCUUCUCAUGGGGCUCUCACAGCAACUCCUGGAGAUUGAGACAAGACAGAAUAUUAGGAAGCCUCAUCUUACAGUGAGGAAACAGAUGAGGAGUUUGAACUUUGGUCAGCCUAUCUCAUUGUUCACUUCGCUGACUUCUUAAUUGUGAAUUCUAGAUAGUGAGAAGCCACAGCCCUUCUCCCACAGGACCUGUAGCCCAUCAGGAGACAGAAUUUAAACACCUGUAGAGUAUUACUGAAUCAGCAAUCAAAGGGAUGCUAGGUCACUGGUGGUUUGGGCGACUGGAGAAUUCGACUUAGGAAAAUCUGUUCCGAAGUGGCAUUAGACAGCAGAAGGCAAAAGUGAGGGGCCAUGAGGACGCUCCUCUAGCUGGGUGUAUAUGAAAGCAGGCGACCUCCACUCCCACGCUCAGCUGGAUAGGGGAUAAUAACUAGGUGCUGCUUCCCCAGCCUCUUUCAUCUGAGAAGUUCAAAGCACCACACCCCUAUUAACACCCUGCAGUAGGUGGGGAGUAUCAACAGAGCAAGCCAGGUAAACUGAGGCCAGGAGGCACAGCCUGGGGAUGACUGAGUCACCGGUGGGGCCUUGAGCCCAGGAAUCCCGACGCCCAGGUUGCUGGACAAAUCCCUCAUCAGGUAGGCUGAGAGGGUGGGUGCUGUUUUUGAACAUAGUACCAAGAGCUGUGGUCAGGUUUUCUGACGCUCACCCCGUCACCUUGGCUCUCACCAAAGCAAGCCAGCUGGAAGGAAGGUGUCAUUUGAACUUUAUGGCCUUGUAGCCAAGCCCUCUCAGCAUGUAUUUGCCAUAGUCUUGAAGCAGGGAAGAUGGAAGUCAUCCAAAACUUAAUUUUCAGGCCUUGGUGUGACGGCAAGGCUUUUUUCUCCUCCAGUAGAUGGACCUCUGUUCACCUUCUACUGAUGGCAAAAUGAUUUUCUGCCAUGCUGGGGAGGGGACAGCACAAUGUGGAAAAGAAGAGACACCUGGGUCUGUCUGUACAGCAUGAAGCGGGCACGAGAAAGACAAUCCUGCGAUGUGGCUGGCAGGGGGCAACCAUUCUUGAAAUUUCUUUUUUUUCUUCCCUGAUAGAAAAGUAAAAAACUUGGAAAAUGAAGUCACCCAUAAUCCCAUAACAUGAAUAAUCAAAAAUACUUGUAAUCUAUAAUAAACUUUUUAUUCAAAUGUUUAAGA